AAUGCAACAAGUUCAGGCAUUACCUCCCCAGUUUUUCUAAGCCAUAAAAAUCUAAACUAUCUUGGGUGAAGGACAUGAUGCUAAAGUUCUUCUCGCACUUGAGACCAAAGAAAACGAAAACAAACAAUAUGCCUUGAAGUGCCAAGCCCAAAAAAUAUAAGACACCGCCAUUAACUUAUUCGUAUUACUUCCAAUAACUUGAAGUUACUAAGAAUGAAAUACAAAUCCUCAUCCACAUCAAGCAUCACCAUAUAAUUGAGCUAUACGGCUACAGCCAGGAUUACACAUGUCUAGUCCUUCAAUAUUGUCCCCAUGGCACCUUAGUUUAAUUGAUCAAAUCAUCUCCACUUCCAGUUAGCAUAGCUGCCUCUCUUAUGUACUAGGUAACUCUGGCUUUAACUUAUAUGCAUGAAUAAGGAUUUACUCAUGGAGAUCUCAAAUUAUCGAAUGUUCUUAUAGAUAGUUAAUAUAAUAUCAAAUUAUGUGAUUUCGGUUUUGCUAGAUGGAAUGGCAAAAUGGCAAUCGAAAAAUAAACUAUAGCUGGUAGUGAAGGAUACACAGCUCCUGAAAUAUGGACAUCAAAUCCAAAUUAUAUAAAGAGUGAUAUGUUUUCGGUUGCUGUUAUAUUUUUCAUAUUAAUAACUGGUCAUCCUCCAUUUGAAUCAAAUAAUCCAGACAAUCAUGAUCCAUGGUGGAAUUUAAUAAAGAAUAGUUAAUGGGACACCUAUUGGAAAGACAUAAGAUCAAAUAUAGAUCAAGAAUGCAAAAAUUUAUUUGUUUAAAUGUUCAGUAUCCAACCUGAAGAAAGAUUGAGUGCAAAUCAUUUAAACUAAUGGUUUAAAUUAAAACAAACUACUCAAGAAAAUCUGAUACAAGAAAUCAAAAAAAGGUUAGCAGAGAUGUGA